AUGCCGCCGUUGCAGAUAGGAGGAGUUGGUGGGGGUAUAAAUGCCGGGGAGAAAAGGGUAGAGAAGAAGAGAGAAGCGAAGAAUUAUAGAGGAUUCGUCGCGGUUGGGCAUCCAUUCGAUACCAUAAAAGUCCGUCUUCAAACCUCUACCGCAUCUCAAUUCAACGGGCCACUGCAAUGUCUCCUUCUCACCCUUCGCAAUGAAGGUUUCACUGGUCUCUAUAAAGGCGCUACUCCCCCUCUAGUAGGCUGGAUGUUCAUGGAUAGCCACGCCCUCGCCGGAGUCAUGGCUGGCGCAACCGUAAGUUUCAUUGCCGCUCCCGUCGAACAUCUAAAAGCACGUCUACAAAUUCAAUACUCGAUACACCUGCCGUUAAUUUCUGGGGCUGGAGGUCUUUCAGCACAAGUUUUCUGGAUGACGAGUUAUCCAAGUGACGUAGUAAAACAACGGAUUAUGACAGAUCCAUUAGCAGGCGGAUUAGGGGACGGAGUUAGAAGGUUCCCGAAUUGGAAAAGUGCCGCUACGGCGGUUUAUAGGGAGAAUGGAUGGAAGGGAUAUUGGAGGGGAUUUCUACCGUGUUUUUUGAGGGCGUUUCCGGCGAAUGCAGUUGCGCUUGUGGCAUUUGAAGGUGUUAUGAGGGCGUUGCCUUAG